AAAAGAAUGAUUUUAAGCACAAAACAAGGGAGACUAGACUUACUAAAUACCCCUUGUUAGAAAAUAGUAGUAUAUUGUACAAAUGAGAUGCAAAUUAUUUACUUUACUUUUCUUGAGCAUAAAUACAUUUCAUAUAGUCAUAAAGAAGAUAUAAAAUUGACAACAUUUUACUAUUCUACACAUUGGUACUUUUUAUAAGAAAGAAAGAAAAUUAAAUAAUGUAACUGUGUGUGUAUUAAAUGUGGGGUAACACAUAUUCUUAUCGAUUUCAUAUGAUUGUGACUGUAAUUUACAACAACGACCUCCUUAUUCUUAUGAACUAUAAAAAAGUAGAUGUUCAAAGUAAGUCAUUAAAUAAUACUAUUUUAUUCUUCUUCUUCUUCCCUGCCCUAGGAGGAAAUUCUUUUUCUCAUAGUUACCACUUAUGUAACGCCUUCUGAAUUAACAAGACACCCUAUCUUGCCCUCCUUGAAUUAGGAGGACAUUGUAGGGUAUCUUGUUGAUUCAGAGGGCGUUACAUAUUGUGAUAGCUAUGGGUUUUUUCUAACCUCCUAGUAAAAAUAAAAAAUACAAGAACAAAGAAGGUACAACGAAUCCUAGCCUCCACGCG